GAUUAGCUGCAAUGGAUCAGGGUAUUAAUGAAGAAGCUUUCUUCUAGCGGUGUUGCGGUCUCUCAUCACUCGUCCUCAACUCUCUCACUCUUUAAAAGACCAAUGAAAAAGGACUGGGGACUAGUCAUUUCUCACUGGCAAAGAAAUCUUAUUGAUGAUUAAUCAUUGUGGAGGGAAAAAAAAAUCCUUUCCGAAAGUCGCAUUUCAUUCUAACUGGCCAACAAGACUAACAGAAGAUUUCUACGGAUUUCCAAAGGCUGGCGAAUAGAUAUACAGCUUGCUUUCCAGGCUUCACUGUACUUGAAGGUAAAUCAAUCUGAAGAUUGCCACAUCUGUGACGGGUAACAAUCAGGCUGACUUUACAUACUCUGGUUUAGUAGGUAUCUAUUGACCCAAAUCUCACCUUUGGUAAUUUUAGAGGAGACAAUCUCAAUCAUAAGAUUAUGUGUGUGCCUAAAAUAACCCGAAGAAAUCCGAAUAAUCCGAAAUAAUUCGAAAAAGUCCUAGAGAAAAGGUUCGAAGCAUGUCAUAAACUAGUUUAAAGCUAAUUCCUUCUCAUUUUCUCUCAUGGAAUACAAUAACAUCUGAAGGAGAUAUAAAUGGUAUCUAAUCCGGAAGUAUCUCAAGCUUUCCUAAGAAAACAUAGGUACUCUUUCAGCACGCUACUCUACAAGAAAUGUCGAAAUUUUCGCAGAAUAUAUUUGUUACUAUUGUUUUGAGGAAGUGAAGUUUAUCAGUUUUCACGUGGAAUCCCCCAAACUUUUCAAGUAAGAAGUGAUGUCAUUAAUAUUCUGCCUGUAUUUCCUUCAAACUUCUACGGCGGAAAGAUGGGUUUGUCCAUCAUUUUGUUGUGCGCUCCAAUUCUGCAAACAUUUUUCCGAUACGGAAAGGGUUAUGCAAGCUCCUCUGAAUGCUCUCCUGUCCCCAACAUGGCCUGCGCUUGGCAAGAUGGAAAUGGGAGUAUCUAUAAUCUGGCCCCAUUGAUAUAUUCAAGCAACGAAAGGAUCCAUAGAGGGUUCGUUGUAAAUGGUACACCUCAUGGAAAAUAUAGUCAAUACUAUUCGUACAGCUAUAAUCCAUGCAGUUGGCUCAGUUUAGCCGGUGACUGUCAACGGGGAUUUGAAACAGCAAUAUGCAAGUGGACUCCAAACAACAAUAAUCCUGACAAUUAUCAAUCAAUUGGAAAUAAGUUGCCAAAAUGUACCAAAACGAACAACGGCAUUCAGCUUACCUACAACGCAGGGGGACGGCAUCUUGAGGGUCAAAAAUCCAUCGUCUAUGUGAAGUGCGAUGGGACCAAAGUAGACAUCAAAGAUGCAAUCUUUAAUGUAUUCAAUGAAUAUGAAUGGAAAUUUGGCCUGAGUCACUUGUGUGGUUGUGGGAAUGGUUGUCGUUCGGAGAUACCUCUGACGUCAUCAGCAGCGAAGGAAAAUUCAUACAUUGCUGUGGAAAUUGCGGUUCCAACGGCUGGGGGCCUUUUGCUGAUUGGCUUAGCAGUGACGAUAUGGUGGAAAUGGAGGAACAACCAACGAGAUGACGAAAGGCGACCACUGCGUCAAGACGGCCCACGCCAGGAAGGUGCAGAUAUAAUCCAUGAUGUGUCCCAUGGAUCAGACUUUGAGAGGAGACCAGCACCCGUUGAACCAUCACGGAAAAAAGACAACAACCUCAGACGUGUAUCUAUUUGAGUAGCUAAUGUUAAGGAAAUGGAACUAUUCGAUAGCAUGUAUUUCUUAAUGCGUGUACCAAUCCUUCUUUCUCUUAAGAUAACUUCUCCCAAAACGAUGUUUAUUGUUAGUUAAAAUCGGUGACAAAACUGUUAAAACAAUGACCUUUUCCAUGCCUUAUUUACUUCUUUUUUGUCUAUUUUAUCUUUGCUAAGUUAAUUUUUUUGCUCCUUCCCGCAAAACAAUGUUGCAUCUUGUGUCCGUGAUCUUUUAGCUAAAAUGAUUUACAGCAUUUAACAAAUAAUAGUCAUAUUCUACACAUAAAAACUGUUCAAACAAUAAUUUUGACCCUAAAUGUAGAUAAGAAUGUCCCCAUUAAUUAGCUGUUACCACUGAAGACAUUAAUUAUCUCUUGCUCUUGCUUAAGUUUUAGAAUUUCAAGAAUUGUAAGAAUGCUAACUUGUUUUUACUUAGUCACUAAUAUUUUGGAUAGAGCUGAAAGUUUCAGAUCUGACCUAUUUUCUUGAGUUGAAUGAUUUGAAUGAUUGGUAGCGGAAUAAAAAUAACACUGGUUCAAAAGCCAAAUCACGUCACUACCCUUGCUAAGAACAUCCAAGGCAUGUCUAGGUAACUGCAGCUUUGGUUAUGUUCGAUAGCAAAUCGAUUCGCAACUUGUAUGAUAGCGUCUUACAUAAUUUGUAAUAGUUUUUCGUGAUUAUGAAUAUAUACUUAAUCUUCCUAGGAAGAAUGUACACAAUAUUACUGUUAUAAAAAAUGUUUCAGAAUUUUUGGUGCUGAAAAAGUGUUACUUUUGAAAAUUACGUUGAUAUUGCUUGUCAAGUUGGUUUUGUAAGUGGUUUUUGUAUUAUAAGUAAUUUGGACACUAUAGAUAAUGCACUGUAGCUAAUGUCUGAACCGUAAUUAAGAAUGUAGAGGAUGAGGUCCCAAACAUGUAAGGGGCAAAAAACCCAAGGCUCAUGAAAACAUAGUUUAAUGGAAGAUCUGAAUAUUACUAGUAACUAAAAAGGAAUUAAAAACAUAAAUUUACAUUCAGUUACUGAAAAUCAAUUUUGUCUAAGUGCCUUGAAAGGAGCUUAUUCGGUGCAAGAAUCUAAAAUCUACAAAAAGAUGCAACUGUAUGACGCCCGGGAGCUAACAAGAAAACCUUUGGUUCAUUUGCUUCCUGGUUCAGAAUGUAACAUUACCGCCUCGAUAGUAGUAAAUGUAUUUUUAAUCAAUCAGCAAAAUUGUAAAAUAAAACAAUUACUAUGAUUCGAUUUAGUUGAUUUAUGUGAAUAAAAACGUUUUUGUUGUUGUU